AGUGGAAGUACUUUGGUCUCAUGAGCAACGUCCAGAACUGCACACUAAAGCACGAGAUUUUUAUUUUCUUGUACAUUUCAUUCAGGAGUAGUCAAAUAGAUAGGUCGGUCUCUACCAACGUAAACACGUGUUGUUAUUUUCUCAUGCUGUCUAACCCGGAAGUGUGCAGUGUCUCUUGUUUUCCUUUUGGACCUGUUGUUUGUGGGUUUGACUUUACUUCUGGGGCUGAGCUUGUUGAAGGUCUUCCUGAUCUCUUGUCAUCUUCCAGUGAUGUUCUUCUGCUCUUGAAGCGCGUGCUGCCAUCUGGCGUGUUACAAAAAAAGUCUUAAAACUUAUUGAUACCACCUCACAUACUGCAAAGAAUGGAGCAGCCCCUGAUGCCUCUGGAAUCUGGCCAGUAUGUGGCCGAACGGAGCCGGGACGUCUUCGUGGACGAGGAAGGGGUCAAGAAGGUGGCGGAGAUGUUCUACACCCUGAAAGACAGUGAGGUGUUCACAGCCCAGGGCUGGAAGAUGAUGAACCCACUCGCACCCUCUCCGGACACGGAUGAAGCCAUUAACUGGGUGUUCGUGACGGACACUAUGAACUUUUCCUUCUGGCCUGAUAGAGAGGACCAGCAGUGUGAAGUCAACCAUAGAGGAACCACGUAUCGUGGCUACAUGUCUCUCUGCGCGGCUGUCACCCGGGCUAUGGACGAGGGUGUGCCUAUCACUGACCCGGCGUACUUCUCCCAAAUGAGCGAGGCAGAUCUGGCGCGGGUUCUUCGGUCCGAUAAUGACACGCCCAUGCCCAUGCUGAAGGAGCGUCACCAGGCCCUUACUGAGGCUGGCCGUGUGCUCAUGCAGCAUGGAGGAUCUUUCAGGAGCUUCAUUAGUCACGGGCAAAACGAUGCUGAGAAAAUGAUGCAGUACAUCGUGGAUAACAUACCCUCUUACAGGGAUGAAGCCGACUAUGAGGGCAAGAGGAUUUCCUUCUAUAAGAGGGCUCAGAUCCUUGUGGCUGAUUUCUGGGGGAUCAUGGAGGCCAGAGGUGAGGGGAACAUACCCAACCUGGACUACCUGACCAUGUUUGCUGACUACAGAGUGCCACAGGCCCUCGUCUACCUGGGGGCACUCCGCUACUCAGACACGCUCAUGGAGGCACUGAGAAAGGGUGAACUGUUACGUUCAGGUGAGAGGAGAGAAGUGGAAAUCCGUGGCUGUUCGAUCUGGUGCGUGGAGAAAAUCAAGAAUCACUUGUGGUGGCUUGUGAGGGAGAGAGAUGGCGAGAGCUGCGACAUUAACUCGGCUCUCAUCGACUUUUAUCUGUGGCCUUAUGCAAAACAACACCAUGAAGAGAUGGCUCACAUUCCAAUACACCACACACGGUGUAUUUAUUAUUGAUCACUACAGAAUCUUAUAUAUAAAUAAAAGAAUUUUUCAGUCAUA